CAUAGGUCUGGGAGCAGUAACUUUAGACCAGUUUUCCCGAACGAAAAGUAGUAGUUUUAGUUUGCAGUGGGUUUUUAGUUAAUUCCCGAUAAAAUCAUUGUUUUGGAUCCACGGUUGAUUAAAAAAGAAGAAGCUUCUAUGAGAACAAAGUAGGAUGUUAAAAAAAAGUAGCCAGACGGAGCGGUUUGAUUGGAAAAGGGGCAAAGAGUGCUGUGGCGAUAUUGUUGGUAGCCUCGACGAGGUUGCAAUGUCCCAGCCGGAGCAGAAAGAGAACCUCGAUCCUCAGUCCUAUUCACCACAAGAACAGAAAGAGAGCCUCGAUUCUAAGUCUCAUUCACCACAAGGACAGUCGGACUCCAACCAGAAGUGCUUAACCGAGGUAAACCCCAAGGCUGUGUGCAGAGUGUGCAAACGCCUGUAUCGGGACCCCAAGAUCCUCCCAUGUUUGCAUUCGUUUUGUGCAGACUGCAUUCGGCAGCUGAACCCCUUUUCUGUCUCCGGACCAAAUGUCAAACAAACGCUGAGUAAGGACGGACAGCCACCCACCGUCGACCAGAAAGUGACCACCGUCCUCUGCCCCGACUGUGACACUGAGGUUGAUCUUCCCCCGUCGGGAGCGGACGGAUUAACCACCGACCACCUGGCCCUGGACGAGGUGUUUCUGCAGACCCUCCUGACUCACAACUCCGUGCGCUGCGACCUUUGCAGCGACGGGGACGCGGAGCUGCGCUGCGAGGUGUGCUGCGUUAACCUCUGUGAGUUCUGCAGCCAAGCGCACAGGAGGCAGCGACGGACGUCCGCCCAUACUGUCCAGAGCGUCCAGGAGCUGAAGGCCCAGGGUCGGCUGUCUCGCCCUGUCCUCUGCUCCCUGCACCCCGCCCAGGAGCUCCGCCUCUUCUGUGAGUCCUGCGACCAGCCCGUCUGUCUGGAGUGCGCUGCCACGUUCCACCGGGAGCACGACUGCAGCGCUGCACGGGACAUUAUCCAUCACCAUGGAGGCCGUAUCCGGGACUUGGUCGUCGGGAGACUGCAGCCGCGCCUUCAGCGUCUGGAGGAGUCCCUGAUGAAGGUUGAAAUCACCCAGGAUGCCUUGCAGGCAAGGAUGGAAGCCACUGCUGAGGAUGUGCGGGCGUUUGCACGAGGUUAUGCCGCCUCCGUGGAGACGCACUGUCUGUCCCUGCUACGACGCCUCGAGGAGCUGAGGGUGCAGCGCAGGAACCAGCUCCACCUGCAGAAGGUGCAGCUGCAGCAGGCGCUGUCCGACACUCGUGGCGGCGUCCGGUUCGCCGAGAGGCUGCUGGCGUGCGGCUCAGACGCCGAGAUCCUCAACGCCAAGGGGGUCACGCUGGCCCGCCUCACCAGCCUGGUGGAGAGCGGCUACGACCCCAGCCCGGCCACGGUUGCCCCCGACGACAGCAGCAGUAUCCACUUCCUGCCUGGGGAGGGUGCAGGGGAGGUGGACGGGUACCCAGUGGUGGGGGUCAUCCAGAUGCAGACACUGGACCUCAGCAGGUGCACCAUCGAAGGGGAAGGGGUGCAGGUGGGCAGGCAGGGGCAGCCGGGACACUUCACCUUGGUGUGCCGGGACUCCGCCGGACAGCCGCUGGGUCGCGGCGGGGAGAACGUUCUGGUCAGCAUCAUAAACAAGGACAAGAAGAACUGCAUGGUGGAGGCUACGGUGUUUGAUAAAAACGACGGUAGCUUCUCUGUUUCCUACACACUGUCAGAACCUGGGAGCUACUCUGUGUGGGUCUGUGUUAAAGCACAACAUGUCAAGGGUUCUCCCUUCCCACUGACCGUGACCAGGCGGUUGAGGCGUCAUGCCGGAACGUUCCACUGCUGCACCUUCUGCUCCAGCGGGGGGGCUAAAGACGCCCGCUGUGGCUGUCCUGGAACCAUGCCUGGAGGGUUCCAGGGCUGUGGUCAUGGGCAUAAGGGCCACCCAGGGCAGCCUCACUGGUCGUGCUGCGGGAGCACACAGGAACAGUCUGAGUGUCGGGCCCCUGGCCAUAGGCCAGUGACGCCGACCGUGCGGGGCCAACUGCGCACAGUGGAGCUCUGAGCCAAUGGAAUCAUCACGCCGUGUUGCGCCAGGCAGGGGGAUGGAGGUUUGGAACGCUAAUCACAGCCAUACCACAAGCUUGUGAAUGGAAAGAAAGUAGGAGGCCACUUUGUAGACAGUACAUGUGCUAAAACAGCACUAAACCAUUAUAGAGGUGAGGAAAAGUAAAUUGAUGAUCUCUUCUGAAUUCAUUAAUUUUCAAUUUGCUAAAAACCAGCAGACAGAUUAGUAUUUAGUAGGUGAACUGAAUUAAGUAUGUCUGUUAACUAUAAUAGCAGUCCUUUACACCAUUGGGGAAUGACACGCUUCAAGUGCUAAUGAGUCGUUUUACAGUAGUCGUGGUUACUUUUUGCACCUGAAUUUAUUUAGAAGAAUAUUGACUGGAGGUCAAACAUAUUGAACUCUAUCACAUACGGAGGGAAUUGAAAAAAGGCUGGAACUACAGGGAUCGACCGAUACCGAUUUUUUUAGGGCCGAUACGAUACCGAUAUUUUUUCCUCAGCCUUAGCCGAUACACCGAUACCGAUUUUCUUGAGCCGAUUUUUUUUAAUUUAUUUUUUAAAGGAACAUUUAUUGAACUUCAAUAUAAAAAACAAUAUUUAACAAAUAGUAAAAACAGGUGAAGUAGAACAAGUAAGAACAAGUAGAUGAACAAUAUUUAACUAAUAUUAAAAACAGGUGAGGUAGAACAAGUAAAAAUAAAUAAAAAAAUCGGCGAAAAUCAGCCGCGUAUCGGCCGAUACGAUACACGUAAAAACCGCGAAUAUCGGCCGAUAAUAUCGGCCGACCGAUAUAUCGGUCGAUCCCUAAUACUACACACACAGUAUUAUUUCUACUGCUAGUGUUUCAUUUGACACCAGUGCAUUUUCCGAUAAUGAACUGGGGUUCAAAUCAAACACUAGCAGUUAGCCUUAUAGAAGGCUGCACUCUCAUGCAAAUAUAUGGCCUGUUAAGCCCUUUGAGACUGUAAUGGUGAUUAAGGAAAAAAAUAAUGCAGGCCCCCCACAUUUAUUGCUGUGUCCUGUGUCAUCAUUUGGAUAUACAAGGCUGAGAUUCCCAUUCAUUUUUAUUCCCUCUCGAAUGUUAGGACUACAGAGAUAUACACAAACCUAGUAUUUUUUAUUUGUGUUUUUUACAUGUAUGAACACUGACAUUAUUUAUGUUUGUUAAAAUCCCUCACAAUCCUAUGUUUUCUAUCCACUGGUCCAAAACGUCUAGGCAUACAUAUUAAACAUUUGUAUCUGUUAAAAUGAAUCUGUAAUAUGAAAUAAACCUAUUUUAAUUGUUCAA